UUGGAAAGAAAUGACUCAAAGGCUCCAGCUCUUUCAGUACCCUGGGAGCUGAGACCAGGGCAGUACCCUUGCCAGGGUGCCCAAUUCUCUCCAGACUGCCAGGAAAAAAGGAGGCCAACUGGAAAGGCGAAAGAAAGAUUGCCCCCGGGGUGAGACCAGACCCUUGGUCUUGUCUUUUCUUUCCCUAAUCUGUUCUGCUGUGCCCACCACUCCUUUGACUUGGCAGAAACACUCAGAACUCCUGUUGCCUCAGUUUCCUUUUUUUCAGGCGGUGCCCAGGGCUAUCCAGCCUUCUGCUUCACUUUUUGAGAAGAACUGCCCGGCUUUGAUCUCCAGGCUGGGAAAAGGAACAUUUUCAUAAUGGACACCUCAUCCAAGAAAAACGCCCAUUUGUUCCACAAAACUCCGGCACGACCCAUCAGAAGGCAAUCCCUUAAAGUGGGGUGUCCAUCCCCGGAGGAAGCACGACCGUGCUGUGGCAAACUCAAGGUGUUCGUGGGCGCAUUGUCUUUUGUUUACUUUGCCAAAGCGUUGACAGAAGGCUAUUUGAAGAGCACCAUCACUCAGAUAGAGAGAAGGUUCGAUAUCCCUUCCUCUCUGGUGGGAAUAAUUGAUGGUAGUUUUGAAAUCGGGAAUCUCCUGGUCAUCACAUUUGUUAGCUACUUUGGCGCCAGACUUCACAGGCCAAAAAUCAUCGGAGCAGGCUGCCUGGUCAUGGGAGUUGGAACAAUGCUCAUCGCCAUGCCGCAGUUCUUCAUGGAGAAGUACAGAUACGAGAAAUACGAGAAGUAUUCUCCCUCCUCCAACAUCACUCCCAACAUCUCUCCAUGCCACUUGGAGUCCAGCAGUCCAUCGCCAAGCUCAGUCAUGGGGAAAUCACAAAACAAAAUAAAUGAUGGAUGUGAAGGGGAUGCCAGCUCCUCCAUGUGGGUUUAUGUCUUCCUGGGAAAUCUUCUGCGAGGAUUAGGGGAAACUCCCAUCCAACCCCUUGGCAUCACCUAUCUGGAUGACUUUGCCAGUGAAGACAACGCCGCCUUCUACAUUGGAUGUGUGCAGACAGUGGCAAUUAUAGGGCCCAUUUUUGGCUUCCUUUUGGGUUCGUUGUGUGCCAAACUGUAUGUUGAUAUUGGCUUCGUGAAUCUAGACCACAUCACCAUCACCCCAAAGGAUCCCCAGUGGGUGGGGGCCUGGUGGCUUGGUUACCUAAUAGCAGGGCUCCUGAGUCUCCUUGCAGCUGUGCCUUUCUGGUGCUUACCCAAGACCCUACCAAGGUCCCAAGGCAGAGAGGACCCUGGAUCCUCAUCUGAGAAGUCCAAGUUCAUUAUAGAUGACCCUGUCAGUUACCAAAUGGCCCCUGGAGAAGAAAUGAAAAUCAUGGAAAUGGCAAGAAAUUUUCUUCCAUCACUGAAGACUCUUCUUAGAAAUCCAGUAUUCAUCUUAUACCUGUGUGCAAGCACUGUUCAGUUCAAUUCUCUGUUUGGCAUGGUGACAUAUAAACCAAAGUACAUUGAGCAGCAGUAUGGGCAGUCAUCCUCCAAGGCCAACUUUUUCAUUGGGCUCAUCAACAUUCCUGCAGUGGCCCUUGGAAUAUUCUCUGGGGGAAUAGUUAUGAAGAAAUUCAGGCUGGGUGUGUUUGAAGCUACAAAACUCUACUUGGGAUCAUCUGUCGUUGGCUACCUCCUCUUCCUCUCUCUGUUUGCCCUGGGAUGUGAAAAUCCUGGUGUGGCCGGCUUGACUGUGUCCUACCAAGGAACCAAACCUGUCUCUUAUCAUGAACGAGCUCUCUUUUCAGAUUGCAACUCAAGAUGUAAAUGUUCAGAGUCAAAAUGGGAGCCCAUGUGUGGUGACAAUGGGAUCACCUAUGUGUCUGCUUGUCUUGCUGGUUGUCAGUCGUCCAGUCAGAGUGGAAAGAACAUUAUAUUUUCUAACUGCACUUGUGUGGGACUUGCAGCCCCUACAUCAGGAAACUGGUCAGGCAUAAUGGGCAGGUGUCAGAAAGAUAAUGGAUGUCCCCAAAUGUUUCUGUAUUUCCUUGUGAUUUCAGUCAUCACGUCAUAUACAUUAUCUCUAGGUGGCAUACCUGGGUAUAUAUUGCUCCUGAGGUGCAUUCAACCACAGCUUAAGUCUUUUGCUCUGGGUAUAUACACCUUAGCAGUAAGAGUUCUCGGAAUCCCAGCUCCGGUGUAUUUUGGUGUUUUGAUUGACACUUCAUGCCUCAAAUGGGGAUUUAAAAAGUGUGGAAGCAGAGGCUCCUGCAGGCUGUAUGACUCGCAUGCUUUCAGACACAUAUACCUGGGAUUAACUACGCUCCUGGGAACAGUGUCCAUUUUCCUAAGCAUGGCUGUGCUUUUUGUUUUAAAGAGAAAGUAUGUUUCAAAACACAGCAGCUUCAUAACCACAAGAGACGGAGCAGUGGCGUCUUCAAGCUUCAGGAAGGAAACAUGUGUCUCAAGGGUUCAUGCGCCACAGCCCAAGUACUGGCCAGGCAAGGAGACGCGACUUUAGAGAAAUCUGGAAAACAAACAAACGUGGAGGUCAUUUUACCCAGUACGUGAAAAGUCUGUAAACAAAUAAAGUUAUAAUCAAAAGGAUGACUUCAACAUGCAAUUUCUCUCUUCUUUCAGAAGUAUGUCUUGUGUUUUUCACUCUAAGCCUUAGAUGAUAGACCUGUAAUAAAUAUCACUAAACAUAGGAGAUAUAGAUGAAAAUUAUUUUAAAAUGUCUUAUUUAUACAUUUCUUUUAGUUAUUCUCUUGUUUGUGCUUCAUUCUGCAUUGUGUCCACUGAUAUGUAAGAUGUACUCCUGUUGGGGGGGAUGCCUCUCAUACCUGAUUAUGACAUGUCACCUCUAAGUUGAACCACCUGUCUAGAAUACACUUUGGGUAGUUCCUAAGGAGUGCCUUCAAUUUUAGAUCUUCCUUGGAAUGCAGUAAUUGAUACAGAGAAGAUUCAUGAAUGAGUGGUCUUGGAAGAGUAUUUUUUUUUUUGGUUUUUACGAGACAGGGUUUCUCUGUAUUGUCUUGGAGGCUAUCGGUCCAGCCCAGCCUCGAGCUCACAGAGAUCCUCCUGCCUCUGCCUCCCGAGUGCUGGGAUUAAAGGCGUGCGCCACCACCGCCCGGCGGAAGAGUAUUUUAAUUUAUUAGUUUCCCCACUAAUCAUUUACAUAUGUUCAUUGUGACAUUAGAAGCAUGCAUGGUAAUAUUGUCAUUAAUGUCACCGUGCUUUAUUGUCUAUGAAAUCAGUGAAUUAAAGUAUUUUAAAACAAA